CUUCCGUAGUACGUAACCUUACUCGAGUCGUAUAUAAAAACUACUGUUCCCAUACUGAGCGCAGCGUCAUAGAUACAGGGGAAUAACACACAUUGCUAUAUUUUGAUUGUGUAGACUUCAAGAUAUUUAUUUAAACGUUUUGACUAGAAGUCUGCCAUUGUCUCGAAGUUAAAUUGUUCCAGCCUAAACCGUUUUUUUAGCAGAAGCUCUAAAUUUUAAAAUACUAAUCCCGAAGAAGAAAUGAACCCCUUACGUUGUGCAGCACUGCUUGUUUUUUGCAAUACUGUCUUAAUGGUGUGCAACGCGGAAGCAAGGAACGACAGACCUAUUAUUGGUGUUUUGGCACAAGAAUAUCAGUCUUCAGGAAAGUCUUAUAUUGCUGCUUCAUAUGUAAAGCUCUUGGAGUCUGCUGGAGCAAGAGUGGUACCAAUAAGAAUAAGCCAGUCAGAAGAAGAAUAUGAACAACUUUUCAAUUCUUUAAAUGGAGUUCUGUUUCCCGGAGGAGGUGUCAAUUUAAGUUCUUCAGGGUAUGCUAAAGCUGCAAGUGUUUUUUACAGACUAGCCUUAAAGGCGAAUGAUCAAGGCGACUUCUUCCCUGUCUGGGGCACCUGUUUGGGAUUUGAGGAACUUACAUAUCUUACCAGUGGAGAACUCAUCCUGACAGCAACUAAUACCUCAAAUGUUUCACUUCCAUUGGAUUUUAUGCCAGAUGCCAAGGAUAGCAGACUGUUCAAGAAUGUCCCUGAAGACGUGCUAAAAGCACUGGCCACUGAGCCCAUAACAGUGAACUCCCACCACUGGAGUGUCUCUGUCAAGAGUUUCUAUAUGAAUGAUAAACUGCGAAAUUUCUACAGAGUUUUGACAACUAACAAAGUCAAUUUGGAGUUUAUAUCUACGAUGGAAGCCUAUAAAUACCCAAUUUAUGGAACACAGUGGCACCCAGAAAAGAAUCCCUUUGAGUGGACAAGACCGGUUAUCUCUCAUUCCCCAUCAGCUGUAAAGGCAUCGUUUUAUAUAGCUGAUUUCUUUGUAAAUGAAGCUCGAAAAAACUUUCACAGAUUUUCAAGUAUGGAAGAAGAAACGAAAGCGCUGAUCUACAACUACAAUCCUGUUUUUACAGGAAAGGUCUCUUCAUUCGAACAAAUGUAUAUUUUUGUUUCCGCAAGUUAGAUGGAAGUGCCUAAUGAAUCUGAAGACAAUUGUACUUUAUUUAAUUCUACCUCACAAAACUGAGGGCUUUACCAAUGUUUUAAGAAUGGAGAAUAAUGCAUGGGGUAGUGUGUGAUUUGAUAACUGAAUGCCCACCCAAGGGGUGGGAUGCUGCAUAAACCCCAAGGGCAAUCCGGAAGGGUUUUUCCAAGCAUUACAUUCUCAUUUAUCACACACUACCCCAUGCAGUUUGACAGCUUGUGCUGCAGUCGCGCUCUGUUGCUGGUGUUAAUGAGUGCAUGUUUCCUGUAAUAACCAUCCGGUUAUUGCAGGAAAUAUCAACUGGAUGAUCCCUUUGAAAAAUUGCUCCCCAGUUAUUAAAUAUUGAUAUAGCUAUGUAUUUGAACUCCCAAGCUCACAUUUAAGCUUUAUUCCCAAAAAAUAAAUAAAUAAAACAGUAAA